AUGUUUUCAUUGCGCGGUCGUCUCACUCAGCUUACACCACGAACUCACUCCGUUCGCCUUUUGUCGCGCUCUGCGCGGUCUAUCCUCGAUGAUGACGACUCACCGGUUGACCUCUCGGAAGACAAUGAAGCUGUCGACGGUAUUCGCCAACGGAGUCUUGGACCACCAACGACUCCUACUCCUGCUGCUUGGCAACUGCAUCGUAACACACUAAAGACCGCCUUCCCAGAUGGCUGGAAUCCGCCCCGAAAGCUAUCACGGGAAGCAAUGGAUGGGUUGCGCCAACUGCAUCGCAUCAACCCCGAAACUUUCUCCACUCCUGUUCUUGCCGAGCGCUUCCGGAUAAGCCCAGAGGCUGUGCGCCGCAUUUUGAAGAGUCGAUGGGAGCCGUCAUCCGAAAGACGGAUGAAAUUGGUCAGACGAGAGGCAGACGCGAGGUUGGAGCGGACCUUGGGCUCGCGGGAAAGAGAACGGACAGAAACCGAGCUUGUUGUCAAGAGCAGACGAGAUUUCAAUGCUGGAAAGAAUGCUAGCGAAGGCGGUGGUGGAAAUCACAUUGUUCCUCGAAUACGAAGCGUUCAGGCUACCUUGUCGGGUGUGUCAGAAACGCCACAUUCUCCCGAUUUUCGAGAUGCUUCCCCCCACACACGGCGUCUUGGACGGAAAUGA